AUGGCCGCAGUUUUAAAAAAACGAGCCCUAGCUGAAUAUAGUCAGACUAUUCAGGAGGCCCAUACUCAAGUGCCAUUGAAAAAGCUACGUUUAGUGAAAAAGCCAACCCUCAGUCCAGGAAGUUCUGCUUUGACUCUAUUAAAUCUUUUGGAGGAUUCUGUGAAUAGUAGUGAAGCUCUCCAAAUUUUACUUCGUAUUUCAGACAAUUUUGAUGUAGAGGCAGGAGACAUAGCAGAUUUUGUUAAGAAGUUGAGUGAACAUUUUAGAAAUGAAUCUGAAUCUGCCGUAAGAGUAAAGAUUUUAUCUUUAUUGUCUGAUUUGGGGCAUGAACCUAAUGCUGAUGUUGCGCUAAUUAUUGACGAAACAAUUUCCCUUCUAAAAAGUGACAAGUCACAUAAAGUUAUUGCACAAGGAAUGAACACUAUUCUUAAACUCGGUAAAUUGAUUCCAGACAAUGUAUCGCCAUUUCACCAAAAGUUAGUUGAAGUAGGGAAAUUAUAUUUGAAAGACGUCAGCCAUGCUGUAAAAUGCAAGUGUUUGGAAAUUAUUGGUGGUCACUUCCCACUUUGUACUGAAGAUGACACUGAAAAAUUGUUGCAUUUAGUAAGCUCUUAUUUUAACAAUGAUGAUGCCAGAGUAAGAAGCCAGGCAUUUUCGACUGUUAUAACUUUACAUGAAAGAGGGUUUAAAAUCAAUCCAAAAAUUUAUAUUGAUGUUUGUGAGGCAUUAAAAGAUGAUUAUGAGAUUGUUAGACAUGUCGUUCUUAAGUUAAUUUGGCUAUUAGGAAAUACUUAUCCAGAAAAUGAAAUAUUGUUACCUGGAAGUGAACAUGAGAUUCGGUUGAUAGAUGACGCUUUUGGAAAAAUAUGCAAUGGUGUAACAGAUCUUUCAAUGCAAGUCAGAACACUUGCUUCAAAAUUACUAGGCGGUAUGAAGUUAGUCAGUCCAAAAUUCCUUAAUCAGACUUUAGACAAGAAGUUAAUGUCCAAUAUGAGAAGAAAAAGGACGGCUCAUGAGCUUGCCUGGGAAAAUGUUACUAGUGGGGAGUGGGCUAGUGGUAAAAAGUGGGCUGAUGAUGCACCAAGGGAGCUUUUAGAUGCAGAGAGUAUAAGUUUAAUGAGCAGUGGAGCUUGUGGCGCUUUUGUACAUGGGCUGGAAGAUGAAUUUUUAGAAGUUAGAUCCGCCGCCGUAGAAUCCUUGUGCCAGUUGUCAAUAAGUAAUCCACAGUUCGCAAAUAUGGCGCUGGACUUUUUAGUAGACAUGUUCAAUGAUGAAAUUGAGGAUGUCAGGUUAAAGGCAAUUGAUAGUUUGAGGAUGAUAUCAGAACACAUAAUUUUAAGAGACGAUCAGCUAGAAACGAUAUUAGGGGCCUUGGAGGACUUCUCCCAAGAUGUAAGAGAAGGACUGCACGGAAUGUUAGCUUCGUGCAAAAUGUCCACCACUGCCGGACUAAAAAUGUGUGUGGAGAAGUUACUGGAUAAUUUAAAGAGAUAUCCUCAAGAUAAAAGAUCCACCUUUAAAUGCCUACAAAAAAUUGGAUCGCAACAUCCGGAGCUGGUGUUGCCUUUGGUCCCGCAAUUUUUGAAUAUACAUCCAUUUUUUGACACUGCUGAGCCUGAUGUAGAAAAUCCUCAAUAUAUCUGUCUAUUGAUCUUAAUUCUAAACGCUGCACAACACUCCUUAACUAUACUGCCACUUCUGGAGCCUCACACUCUCAGGCAUUAUCUUUAUUUGCGAGAUACCAUGACGCAGUACGUUCCAAUUCUCAACCUGCCGGAUUCCAAUUGCAAUGUUGUCUCGAGGCCCAUGUCAGUUCCAGAAAGUUUAGAAUUUUUGAACAGUGUGAUACGAAACCUUGAUAUGGCUGAAAAUACAAUAAGAGUACAUACAACUUUACUCCAAACAGCAAAAGAACAUCUUAAUCGCCUGAGCGAAAUGGACUCUACGGUUGCUGGAACCGCACAAUUCACUUCGUUGUAUAUAGGAGCUCAGCUUCACAUAUCUCAAAUAUUAGAAAAAGGUUUCUGGGCGAAUCCGGGAACUCUAGCAACACAACAGGCCAAUAAUUUAAAAACCAGUAUUCAAAACCUGUUACAGCAUUGCCUGAAGUUACAGUUUUUCUUUGUGGGGCUCAGUCCUGUGGAACAGUGUGCGGUUAAACAAUUUAGACUCCGAGCUUUGGCCCUGAAUUUGGUGUACAUAGUAAAAGGAAGUAAUGCUUCUGCGUUAGCUCCUUGCCAUCACUUUUUAACUGUAGUUGAAGAUAUGCAAAAAGAACUGAGUCAAUAUGGGCUUGAACCUGACAGUUUUACUGCCUCAGUAUUUAGAGAAUUAUCAUUACUAGAGGAACCUAAGCCAGGUACAGUUUCACGUAUACUUAUACCAAUUUUAUCUGAAGCUAAGUUGGGACGAAUACCGAGACCAAAUAUUGAUAUUCGCAUGAGUUCAGCAGUGAUUUUAGAACCAAGCAACCAGACUGAUACCUCUUUAAAGUUCACUGCGGGACUUAUAAUGUCAGUACCUUUCGAAGCUGAACUAAAAUAUUUAAUUGAUCCGAGCCGAAUUAGACUGAAAAUUAAAUACCCUGAUCAGAAAACUCAGGUCAUUUUACCUCGACCAGCACAUUUGAAGCCUCUAUACUUUGACGCCACUGAUAAAGAAUCUCAAGUGGGUCAUAACAUUAGGCUGCUAACAUCAGUAUUAGUUUCACAUCAGGUUUGGUCGGAAGCAUGUAAUGUCGAAAUUAACAUAGCCCUAGCAAUUCCAGAAGCAGAUAUUGGAAAGAGGAAAACCAUAGCGGAUUCAACACCAACUCUAUUGGACUUGUGCAAACCCGUUAAAGUUAGUGUUGCUCCGAAACCAAUAAAAAAAGCUUUGUAAAUACUAGUUAUAUUUUAAUUUGUAUUUUGCAAAAUAAAGUUUUUGACUUUGU